AUGAAUUCAGCUUUGGCUAAUCUUCACGAUAAUGUAAAACAACUUAGACUUGGCUUUAACAAACUUCGUCAAGAUGUCCUUUUAAAACUGAAUGAAUAUAAUGAUAGUAUUCAAGCAACGGAGAGAUUAUGUUGUGAAGUCAUAAAAAUGCAUACUGAACUGAGAAAACCAAUGGCAGCAUUACGUAAAGGUGUGGUUAUACUCAAUGUUGGAGGUGAAAAAUAUACUACAAGUAUUGAAACAUUAACACAAGAGAAGAAUACAUUCUUUACAUUACUAUUCUCAAGACGAUGGGAACUUGAACAAGAUCCUGAAGAUAAAAGUAUUUUUAUUGAUCGAAAUGGUAAAAUGUUUAGUUAUAUUCUUGAUUAUUUACGAUCAAAUGUAAUACCAACAAAUAUGAUAAAAGAUGAAACAUUUCUACAAAGUCUUCUUAUCGAAGCUCAUUAUUUUCGUUUACACAAACUUAUUCAUGCAAUAACAGAAUCUUUACGAAUACGUCACAAAGUAGAAAAAGAAGAUGAAGAACGAUUGGCAACUGAGAAAAGUAUUAUAAAUGGAGCAUUACUUCAGCCAGAACAUAAAGCAAAACUUAAUGAAUUUUGUGGCAAAGCUAAUCAAAAAUGGGAACUAAUAUACAAAGCAACACGUGAUGGAUUUAGUGCUAGUGCAUUUCAUACACAUUGUAAUAAUAAAGGACCAACAAUGACAAUUAUUCGAUCAAAUAAUAACUGUAUAUUUGGAGGUUAUACAGUCGUUCCAUGGACUUCAAAUUCUCAGUGUAAAGCAGAUAGGACAGCAUUUUUAUUCACACUAAUAAAUCCUCAUAAUAUUCCACCUACGAAAUAUAUUAUCCGGUCUGAUCGUGCUGCAUAUGCUGUUUAUCAUAAUAAUAGCUAUGGAGCUAUAUUUGGUGGUGGUUAUGAUAUUCAUGUGUCUGAUAAUAGUAACAAAAAUAAUUCUAGUUCGACUGAUUUUCCUCAUUCAUAUAUUGAUACAACAGGCAAAGGUAAUAAUACAUUCACAGGAGCUAAGAAUUUUACGACAUUUGAGGUUGAAGUUUAUAAAGUUGGUUAA